CCAUUUUGGAUUUUGAUAAUCGUUGACUACUGGAAAACUGCAAUGUUUUUGAUCUACCUGUAAUUUUAUAUUGUAACAUUUAGUGCGUUAAACACGGGACAUAUACCGUCGGAACUUCCACUGCCGCCACCUCCCGCCUACUGUGUGGUUACACGAGUGGACUGUUUCAGGAACGAUCAGCUGUCGUGCCUUGACGUGAACACAAACAGAUUGAAUAUUGUGGGUUUGCUAUGGUGUUGUGGCUAUGAACGGCACGUUUUACGAGCAGUUGGGGAGCGUGGCGGGGCUAUUUGAGCAAUGGGGCGCGUGCGAGCGUACGGUGGUGGCGUGCGCGCUGGCGCGGCGAGUGCCGUGGCCGGGGUUGCGGCUGCUGCAAAGGGCAGUGGAAGCGGCACUCCGCUUACACGUCGAAGACGAGCGGCUGGAACAUGACGCAAAUGAUGAAGCCCUACUCACCGGCCUGUUGGCAGCCCGCGCUGACGACGACGACGAAGAAGGUGGUGAACGCCUCCGUCAACUAUUGACCCUCCUGCCUCUAUUGAGGACAGACAACGAGCGAGCCAAAGACGUGUACGUGAGCGCUGCUCCCGCGUUAGUACAAAGGUGCGUGGAUGCACCACGACGGUCGUCUGCCACUCCUGACCUGUGCCGGCAGCUGCUGUCUUACCUGCUUGUGCACCCGGCACUCACACAUCAUGACCAAAGGACACUAACACAGUGGCUAAGAUAUCUAGAAAACCAUAUAUCAGGUAACAGAAAUGCAGAGACAGUCUGGCAACAGAGGAUAGAACCAGGCCUCCUGCCAGACAAUAUCUGGGGCACAAGCAACGCUUUUAGACGGACAAUCGGCAAAAACGUCGAAUUUAGAGGCGUAGACCCAUUAGACAGCACAUUCUCGACAGAUUUUUUACAAGAAUCAUUUUCAAAGAAUGGCCGUGACGUAGAAAUUAGUUUAGAAGGGGAAAAACUAAAUUUUGACGCGGCGAUAGCGCAGCCAAAGUCGCAAAGAUCGAAUAGCCUGACGCCGCCUUCGACUAACUUCAUGCAGAUGUCUUCGUCUGCGGAGAACUUGAGCGACGAGGCGUUCGUUCAGAAACCUAGAAGUUUUUCCCUAUCUAGUGAACACAGUCUAAGCCAAAUAAGACCAAUUAGUAUAAUGUACGGAACGACGGGAAGUGAGACGCGGCUGGAUGACCUGCGAACCAACAACUUCGGGGAACAUCCGGGCAUGUCUACAGUGGCGCAGUGGCUCAAGAGUCUGCGCCUGCACAAAUAUGUGUGGCUGUUUACAAACAUCAGUUACGAACAGAUGAUGGCGAUUGACGAGAAAUACCUGGAGAAAUUAGGUGUAACAAAGGGCGCGCGACAUAAAAUACUAGUAUCCAUAAAGAAGCUGCAUGAACGAGAGGCGAUAGUAGCGGGGGUAGAAGCAGAGCUGGCCAGCGGCAGCGGGCCGGUGGCUGCAGUGCGAGCGUUGGAGCGGCUGCGGGCCGUGCUACUGAGCCCCAUGCCGCACGCAUCACCCCUGCCUGCUGCUGUCGUGAGAGCCCUUGAUCUUGCAUCAAAAACGAUAACGUCGAUGUGCAGUAACGGGGCGCGGGUGGCUGCGCCGGCGCUGGAGGAUGAGCACACGCCGCCCGUUGACCCGCUGUCGCUGCAUUGCUGGCUCGUUGAGAGGGCGCUGCACCACGAGUCAUUCACGCGUGCUGAGCUCCAGCAGGCGCUAAGGAGGCUGCGGCACCGGCUGCCGCCCCGGCAGUUCUUCCACCACGUGUGUGACCUGCCGCUCGCCAGGCGCAACCUGAAGCCUAAAUGGCGCACGGGUCCUCCGAACGGCUACCUAGCGCACAAGCGCGUGUGGCUGCCGCCGAGCAAGCCGCCGGCGCCGCGCGGCAAAUCCCACUCGUACCCGCCCUUCCCCGCCGCAGCACUGCCGCGACCCGCGCCCCCGCCCCCCGACGAGUACUCCAGUCUCGACGCCCUCUGUCUCCAAAUGACCGAGCAAGCCAUCAACUGAACACGAUAACCCCUCUCUUAUAUGUAGGCAUAGAAUAACAAUUACACACGUAUAGAAGGGACACUCCGCCCCGCACCGACACGAGAUAUAUUAAUUAGCCCAUCCCCGAUUUGCGUCCACUUCAGUCAGUAAGACGCAAGGAGUAAGAAGCGCGCACAGAUUGUAUGUCUCACUUGCACGCGGUAAGGAUGCAUCUGUGUACUGUCUGUGUGAGAAUGAUAUUUUUAUAGUGUCAAGGGUGUGAAGUAGGUCCCAUUUUGAAAAUGGAGGGUUGUCGUUAAUGUUGCCAUUGCUGUAAACUUUUGUCCCGAAAAAUCUCCACUUUCAAUACAGAGGGAGUUUGAUGCUCUAUUGUGAGUUGAAGUAGCAAAUUCAUUAUCGUCACAUCGUGACCGGUACCCGCCAAGUACAAAAUAUGGCAGACUUCCACAAAACAACUUAAGUUUUUAACUGACGUUAUUCAGUGUACAAUCACACUGCCAAUUUUGACUAGUAAUUGAGUGUACGGUCUUGUAUAAAGCUGAUGUUUAUGUGUAAAUACUACAAAACAUAGAGUAAAAACAAAACCAAUACUGGUAAGGGUUCGUUAAAGUUACAAUGUUCAUUAAAAUAAGUACUAUUAGUUAACCCGCGGGUUAUCACCAGGGAUCGAAUGCGAUUAGGUAUAAAGUUUACAAUAGCAAAGGGUCACUUAGCUUUUUAUUCGUGUUUGUUGUGGAAGGUACCACCCCGACGGCGUGGUAGCGAUAUAAUGCUGUGUACGUUACGUACGUGUUACGAUAGUUGAGGAUUUAGUAAAAUCUUAUAUAUAGUUGAAUGCACCAAUAUUUGUUGUUGUAAUAGGGUAGUUUCCAACUAAUCACGUCAUAGAAAAACGUGACAAACUAUUACACUUACGUUAUUAAAAUUCAUAAAUAAGUUAAUUAGAAAAAAAAAAAGUUUUUGCCACCUUUAGAUCUGUUUUUAUUUAGUAAUCCGAAUUUUAUAAUUUAUCUAGGAAACUACCCAAUUAUAUGUGGGGAUUACAAAGCUCCCUUGUUUACAGAAAUAUGGUCAUAAGCCUUACUGUGGACUUAUUCUUAAUGUAGCCAUAUGGAUUGCCAAGGUCCAACGAGUGUAAUUCAUCCCAACUCACUUUUUAUUAUUCUAAAUAAACUUUAUUAUUAUGCUAAGGACAAUCAUGAUUACAAAUGAAAUAUUAUUAUUUCAAUUAGUUUUAUAUGACUGGGUUUGCAUUGGGCAGUGCCCUCUAGUUAUUUUUGCUUUGAAAUGUUAUCCUCAAGAAAUUCAUAUUAUAUUCAUAGAAAUUAUUUCUGUAUAAAAUAUCAUUGUAUGUAAAUAAAUGGAGAGUUUAGAAUUUUGACUGUAGAUAGUCACGGGCCAAACUGUAUAUUAUUUUUAAGUUUAUCUAGUAAUGAAUUGAAGUUAACUCAAAAUGUUAUUUAUUUUAUAUAAUUUUCGUCUCAAACUUGUGCAGGUUUACAGAGGACUUUAUUAAAUGUUAUUUCUAUAUAGUAAAUUAUGCCAUCAUUUUUCUGUUUUUACAUUGUUUCUCCUUUCGCUGGUGCUCGUUUUCCGUUAUCUUUCCACUAGUUUACUCUAACUUUAUACACCAAGGUGUUCCUGAUGCCACGUCAGUGACGGCCUAAGUACGCGAGGGGAGGCGACGAUUAUUGACUAUUUAUUGUAUAUACGCUGUUUGUUGUCAUGUAUCGGGUGGUUGUUAACUUUAUUGUUACGUUUUGCGCACCGUCAGUGAUUCUAAAGUUAUAAAUGUUAAUGUAAUUUAGGCGUAAUUUUUGACUGAUAACUGCAUAAUUUAUAUAGAGUUUGCAAGCUUUUUAUUUAAUUUUAUAAUAAUUUAUAUUCUGCAAUCGUUUAAUAGUAAUAUAUUGACUGGAUCAGUAAGAUGAUUGUAUUUUGUGCAAUUUAUUUUUUAUUUAUACAGUUUAAGAACAAAUAUGGUAUCCCUGUAAAUACUGACAUGUUUCAUUAUAUUGAAGGUCAAUAAACUGCUCUUGCGCAGGAGGUA